AUGGCUUCUUCACAAAGUGGUUGUUCUUGUUCGAAGACAACGGCCAAAGGAGCUUCGCAUUCAUCACAGGGUGAUGUUUCGAGGGGUGUUGGGAUAACCCCUAUUUGCUACUGUGGUGAUUUUGCUGUACUGAAAGUUGCGAAAACUGCAAGGAAUGCUGGGAGGAAAUUUUGGGCAUAUCGUCAUUAUAAGGGUGCAUUUACAAGUGGGAUGUCAUGUAACUUUUUCAAGUGGUUUGGUGAAGAGAACGGUGAUGAUAGAGAUGGUUCAAAUGUGAGGCAAAGCAACAAGAGGACCACUGAUAUGGAAAGUGCUGUGAAAGAGUUGCAGAGAAUGAUGAAGUUCGUAGUUGGAGUUGGGGUUGUUGUUAUUGUUGGUCACUUGCUGGUUCUUGUGGCUGAGGAGGUUGCUCACUUGCUGGUUCUGUUGGCUCUAUGA